CAACAGGCACAAUAUAUUACAGUCUAGGGCUUGCUGCUGAAAAGCCCGCUGGAUCCUCCACUGACCUGCUCUUCUUUCCUGUUUUCCUCUCUCUUUUUUUUUUUUGACCCCCCCAAUCAUAUUAAAAAAACAAAGCUCUCUCACACUCUGUCCUCCUCAUCCCUCCUCUUCCAUUCUGCAGCAGCGUGUCACAAAGGAGGAAGACCAUCCAUCUGUGUGUUUAUGUUUCUGUCAGUGGACGACCGGGUGAAGAAAGGGCACCAGGAGACGUGAGGAGCAAGAGGGGGAGACGAAAAAGGAAAAGAAGAAGAGGAGGAGGAGGAAGAGGAGAGAGGAUGUAAUUGUCAUGUCACUCUGUUUGGACCUUGACUGAUCACAGCAGGAGGAAGACUGAUAAGAGGAGAGCGUGGAAACUAAGUCUUGUGUGUUCUCAUGACAGUGUUGGAUAGCCCCGCAUUGGAUUGACUUUGCGAGAAGAAGAAGAAGAAGUGGACUUUGUGAACCCGUGGAGGGCAGAGGAGUGGAGGGCCAGGGGACUAACCUGGCCGUCAAACGGACUGGAAGCCUCUCCUCUCCUGGGAUCAUGUACCCUCAGGGCAGGCAUCCGGUCCCCUUGCAACCUGGCCAGUCUUUCAAGUUUACCGUCCUGGAAACUCUGGACCGCAUCAAGGAGGAAUUCCAGUUCCUCCAGGCCCAGUAUCACAGCCUCAAACUGGAGUGUGAGAAACUGGCCAGCGAGAAGACUGAGAUGCAGCGUCACUACAUCAUGUACUACGAAAUGUCCUACGGACUCAACAUAGAGAUGCACAAACAGGCGGAGAUUGUGAAGCGUCUCAGUGCCAUCUGCGCUCAGAUCAUCCCUUUCCUCUCUCAAGAGCACCAGCAACAGGUGGUCCAAGCAGUGGAGCGGGCCAAGCAGGUCACCAUGGCUGAACUCAAUGCCAUCAUCGGGCAGCAGCAGCUCCAGCACCUGUCGCACCACGCCCCGGGUAUCCCCCUCACGCCGCACCCGUCCGGCUUGUCUUUGGGCGCGGGGGGCUCCGGGCUCCUGGCGCUGACGGGGGCCUUAGGGGUGUCUGCCCACCUCGCUGCCAAGGACGAGCGCAAUCACCUUGACCCGGAACAUCUCAGAGAAGGAGCACCCAGCCGGAGUAAGUCUGAGUCGUCAACAGACAGCCAGCCCCCGGAAGAGCGUCAGGGGCCAUCGGGCGGCUACGCCUCCUCGCAGGGGGGAGCUGAGGCCAAGAGGAGACGCUGCGAUGACAAAGAACCCCUCGCGCCGCACUCAUACGACAGCGAUGGAGACAAAAGCGAAGACAAUCUGGUCGUGGACGUAUCCAAUGAGGAGCCCAACUCCCCUGGAGGCAGUCCACCUCAUUCUCCCCGUGGGAACGGUUUGGACCGGGGCCCCGCCUUAAAGAAAGAGCUCCCGGGAUCCUCGGGCCCUGCAGAGGCCCCCCCUACCCCGAACCCGUGUAGUCCCGCUCCAGGCAAGGCAAAGGACCCGACACAGAUGGAUAAGUCCCAGUCGCCCUUGUCCAAGUCCAGUACCCCAUCGCCAUCUCACCGCGAGGCCCUCACUCCCGGAGCGCCCGGUCCCAGCACUUCCUGCCUUCGCCUGGUCAGCAAAGCCGCGUCUGCUGCGGACCCCCUCGCACUCCGCAGCCCCAUAUCUGUGCCCCCCGGUUCAUACCCGGCUCAUUUUGGCGUGGUGUCCCACGCAGGGCUCAACGGCGAGCUGGCCAGUCCCGGAGGCUUCGGCGGGGCUCUGACUCUCUCGCCCCAAAUCAGCGCAGCGGCCAGCGCCUACGCCCGAAGCCCCAUGAUGGCUUAUGACUCUCGGUCUCACCUGAGGGCCCCAAGCCUGUCGACCUCUCUGCCUGGCUCGUCCGGGGGCAAGCCGGCUUACUCGUUCCACGUGAGCGCGGACGGGCAGAUGCAGCCGGUGCCCUUCCCCCCGGACGCCCUGCUGGGGCCGGGCAUCCCUCGCCACGCGCGGCAGAUCCACAGCCUGAGCCACGGCGAGGUGGUGUGCGCCGUCACCAUCAGCACGUCCACGCGCCACGUCUACACGGGGGGCAAAGGCUGCGUCAAGGUCUGGGACAUCAGCCAGCCGGGCAGCAAGAGUCCCAUGGCGCAGCUCGACUGCCUGAACCGCGACAACUAUAUCCGCUCCUGUAAGAUCCUACCCGACGGGCGCACGCUGAUCGUGGGCGGCGAGGCCAGCACGCUGUCCAUCUGGGACCUGGCCACGCCCACCCCUCGCAUCAAAGCCGAGCUGACGUCCUCGGCGCCCGCCUGCUACGCGCUGGCCAUCUCGCCCGACAACAAGGUGUGCUUCUCCUGCUGCAGCGACGGCAACAUCGUCGUCUGGGACCUGCACAACCAGACGCUCGUCAGACAGUUCCAGGGCCACACGGACGGAGCGAGCUGCAUCGACAUUUCCAACGACGGCACCAAGCUGUGGACGGGGGGGCUGGACAACACCGUGCGCUGCUGGGACCUGAGGGAAGGGCGGCAGCUGCAGCAGCACGACUUCACCUCGCAGAUCUUCUCGCUGGGUUACUGUCCGACGGGCGAGUGGCUGGCGGUGGGGAUGGAGAGCAGCAACGUGGAAGUGCUCCACGUGUCCAAGCCCGACAAGUACCAGCUGCACCUUCACGAGAGCUGCGUGCUCUCGCUCAAGUUCGCCUACUGCGGCAAGUGGUUUGUGAGCACGGGCAAAGACAACCUGCUGAAUGCGUGGAGGACCCCGUAUGGUGCCAGCAUCUUUCAGUCCAAGGAGUCGUCAUCAGUGCUGAGCUGCGACGUAUCCCCAGACGACAAGUACAUCGUGACAGGCUCGGGGGACAAGAAGGCCACCGUGUACGAGGUGGUCUACUGAGAGGGCGGACAAAUUUGGUUGCCUUGACAACCGAUCACCCAUCCCAUACCGUGGAAGUCUGUCUCCGUACCAUACUUUGAAAAGCAAGAGCGGGCAGAGAAUGACACUGCUCGUGAAAAAAAAAAAAGGGAUUUCGGGGGGGGAUUUUUAUUUUUUUUUGGUCUUAUGGUAAAACUAAAUAAAUAAUUCAAAGGCUAACAUACCCAAUUUGUGCUCGUGGACGAUACCCACCAGACCACACGCCUGACAGGCAUGCAUCCAAUACAAAUACUACAGUAUGAACUCAUUAUACUUGAUUUCAUCUCAUCUUUUUUUUAAGUUGACCUGAAAAAGUUAUGAUGCAUUUUAGGUUCAUAUUAAAAUUUUACCCGAAAUCUCAACAUCACAAACUUUUUGUCAGGAUUGUAUCCACUAAUGUGUGUGUGCAGGCUGAACGAGAGGGGGGAGGGGAGGGGGGGACGGAGGGAAAUGUAAAUGAAAAGGAGUCGGCUGCCUAAUGAGGACUGUUUCCUAAUUAAGAGCUCAGCAGAGGAAGCGAAGCCCCUCCCCUUACCAGCUCCCCCAAGACAAGCACUGAUAGAGCAGACUGUCGAUUCAUUAGGCGCACGCAUACUCACGGGAGGCUGUAAUGAGGCCCACGCCACGCCGCCGCACGCUCUACCCGCCGAGAGGUGUCACGAGCUCGGGGAAGCUCCCACGUCACCCAGGGAGGGAUGCAACGGGGGUACACGACUACCCGGCUUCCCCUGCUUAUUAUUCUUAUCUUUUAUUUCUAAUGAGCAACACUGUCUUCUUCUGACAGCCAACAGAGGGCCUCACUGGUGUGCCCUCCCCCAACUCGUACACUCCCUCCACACGCCUCCUUUCAAAUGUUGCACAACAUGUGUCGAUUUUGCAUCCGUACCAUUGACAAUGUUGUACUUCUUUCCAGGCUCUUCUCUCCAUUUCAUUUUGAAUGUCUGUCUGAAAUAUGUAUUCAAGGUUGCCUGUAACAAAUGUGUCAAAAUGCAACGUGACUUUUUUUAAGCCUCCUAAUAAAGUUUGACAGGCAGCAUCAACAAAGCCACUUGCCCUUCAAGUGGUUUCCAGUGUGCUUCAUCGUCUUCAUUUCUUUCACGAAAACCUGGCCAGACUUUGUACAAAAUGG